AUGGAAAACGUGAAGAAAGACUUCGAAGGCCUGCUCAAAAACACACCGGACACAGCUCGCUCCAUAUGGUCAAUCAACACAUCCAAGGCUGUUUAUGAACACCUGAAAUCUAUCAACAACCAACAUGGGAGGAUAGCCUUUACCACUCGAAUUGACGGUAUUAUAGAGACUCUGGAAAGUUUCUUACACGUAGUCAGUGAGACACUGUCUGAUGUUUCGGACAAGACUCAGGAGUAUGAGCCCAUGAUAUGGGGUAGCACAGCUCUGAUUUUGGCUCAGGCAUAUGAGAGACGGACAACGCAUGAGAAGGUAAUCUUCAUGCUCGAAGACCUAACUAUCUCUACGGCAUUGCCAUCUUCACCUAUCACGGGAUGCCAACCAAACUUCAUUGACUGUUGCGUUCGUCGGCUAUUUGCAGAACUAGCGAUUGGACUAUUACAGUUGGCGUUGAUUCUUCAGAAAUACCCACAAGCACCCGAAAAGAAGCAACCGAAGUUUGUCGAGUUUGAAGAAGGGCACUGCAAGACCAUACAAAGACUGAAGGUAUGGGCCGAGCGUCUCAAAGGGUUGAACUCCAAUGCCGCAUCAACUUCACAAUCAGUAACACGACCCAUUCGACUUUCAAGCGACCAGAUACCGAUCAGCGUCAAUGAGCAUUUUCUUGGCCGUGAGGACGAACUCAGCACACUCCGCCACAAACUGGAAUCUUCUACCGAAAGUCCUUCUGUAGUCAGCAUCCAUGGUCUACCGGGUAUAGGCAAGACUGAGCUGGCGGCGCAAUACUGCAAAAGGUAUAAAGACAAGUACGAUUCGUAUCUCUGGGUUACAUCAGACAACAAAGCUAAGAUCAUCGACGCGCUAUCGGGAUACACGACCAUGAUGCAACUGUCCGGUAAUUCAGUGGAAAAUGAGCCACUCAAGAAUGUCCAGAUAUUAUUGACUUGGUUACGAAGCACCGACGUGAAAUGGCUCAUCAUUUUCGAUAAUCUUGACGACCCAUCGCAGCUGAACGAGUUUUGGCCAUCGGGAGGCAACGGGCAUGUUAUAAUAACCACCAGAAGCCAUACCACCGCUGAGUGUUGGUCUACAGAAACACUUCAACUUGCCCCAUUGAGUCCUACAUGCUGCAAAGAACUAUUCUACAAUAUCAGUGGGAAACACAAGAUCAAACAGCACAGCAAACAGAUGGACACCGUGAUGGACGAGUGGGAAGGUGUACCACUGGCCUUGAAUCACAUCGGCAGUUACAUAAGCAGUCGCUGUUUAACUAUUGAGCGCUUUCUCAAGAUCUACCACGACUAUGCCUAUGAGAUUUAUCGGUCCAAGUAUGGGAAGAGAGUUUACCCUCACAGCAUUGCCACUGCAUUCUCGGUGAGCGAGGUGGAGGGGAGUAACAAAUUCUUGUUACAAUCAUUAUGUUUCCUAGAUCCAGACAGAAUCCCUACCGACAUCCUUCUGUCUGAUCCAAACGUAGGUCAAGCAUCGACCAAGGUAACAAGUGCAUACGAACUAUACGAAGCAAUAGCGAGCCUGUCUGAGGGCGGCUUGGUUACGCAAACGGAUGAGCAUAUCACUAUUCACAGAUUCGUACAACGAGUUACUUUGACAGGGAUGUCGAGUGAGGAGCGCAUCUCGAUGUUUGACCAUACUCUGUCUCUUCUGUAUCAGAAGUUUCCCAGGGAAAUUGCUGGUAAGCCGAUGUGGGAGAACUGGGUUCAAUGCAAUGCCUACGUUCCGCAUGUCCAAUUCCUUUGCCAAAGAUACAAUGAGCUGUUCAAAGACAGUCGGAAGAAUGUCCAGCUUGCAGACCUUUUGAGCUCUUGUACCUGGUAUUUAGUGGAACGUGGUCUGUUCUCAGAGGCAGAACCAUUAAUAUUGAUUGCCCAGGCUGUAUGUCCGGAUCACGAACAGGCUUCUCUCACACUUGCCACUGUAUUAUUCAACUUGGCCGGUGUGCGGUUUGAGUGCAAUCGCAUAGAUGAGGCUCUAGAGCUUUGCAAAAAGGUACUGACGAUCCGAGAGCAAAUGCUCCAGCCCAAUGACCCGCUCCUUGGAAACACCCUAUACUCUAUCGGCAUUGUAUACAUGGAAGCGGGAGAUCUUGAAGAGUCUUUAAGACUGCACUUACGAGCAGUAGAGAUCCAUGAAUACUGCCAGGCGAAUUCGGAGCACGACGGCUCCCCGACCGCAAUGGCCUAUUUGGAUCUGGGUCUUUGUUAUUGGAGGAUGAAGAAACUCGAUCUUGCCUCGAGCUAUAUCGAGAAAGGUCUCGCGAUUCACGAUCAGACCACUGGAAGGAGUUCGCUCAAAUAUGGACAGGGACUAUACUAUCUAGCUCAAGUAAGAGAAUCACAAGGGAGGUUCAAAGACGCCAAGGACGCAGCUGAGGAGUCUUUGAGAAUAUCUCAGAUGGAAACACCCAACGAGUUCAAAACUGGACUAGGACUACACAAAGUGGCAACCUUCUACCACAGGGAGGGCAAUCUGGAAAAGGCACUGGAUUGCUUAGAACGGGCUCUCGUUAUAUUGGAGCGCAGCUUUGACCCAAACCCUCGAGUAGCACGGUCCAUGUUCAAGAUGUCUGAAAUUCUAACGGAUAUGGGUAAGCAUGCUGAAGCUGCGAUCAAACGGGAUGGGGCAGAGAAACUCAGGAGCACGGUUAAAACGUUUCCCUACAACCCGUGUGUCACUGCUGAUGCCUUUGACACAUUGGUUCCGUCUUUCCUUGCUUAA